GCUACAUGCAGAGCUGAAGCAGGUGUUGAGUCAAAAGAGAAGUCACCUGAGAGAGUCCACCUGCCAACCGGCCCAACCAGAGAUGGACUCAGAGCCCACAGACCAGCAGACAUGUGUGGAAGAAGCCUCUCCAUCCAUGGAGAUCGUGGUGGAGACGGAGGCGGAGGCUGGAGCCAGCGGCUACAGUGUGACUGGUGGAGGACAGCGAGGGAUCUUUGUGAAAGAUGUCCUCAGAGACUCACCAGCUGCUAAACAUCUCAGUCUCCAGGAAGGGGACCAGCUGCUGAGUGCCAAGGUCUACUUUGAUAACGUGAAGUAUGAAGACGCUCUGAAGAUCCUUCAGUGCGCCGAGCCAUAUAAGGUCAGCUUCCAGCUGAAGAGGAUCAUCCCUGGAUUAGAGAUCUGCGUACGGCCUCAUGUUCCCAGUGUGGAGGUCAAAGGUCCCAAAGCCAAGGUGGCCAAAAUGAGUGUGAAGGGCAGCAAGCAGUUCAAGGCCAAGAAGAUGAGGGGUGGACGUUUUGGUCUGAAGAGGCUGAAGGAGAAGCGCAGAGAGGAGCUGGUGAUCGAGGGACAGCCUACCAAGGUGGAGAUGAGUGACGUAGACGUGGAGUUUUCUCUCCCAAAGUUCAAACCGAGGAAGAGCACUAAGGCUGAAGCAGAAGGAGCCGAGGGAGCAGCAGCUGUGGGGAAGGCCAAGAGGAGGAUCAGGUUUCCCCACAUGAAAACAAAGGUUCUCACUGGGGACAUCACAGGAGGUAAAGUGGAAACAGAACAUCUCGAGGGAGAGGUGAACAUCUCUCCACCUGAGAUACCUGGAGCUAAAGUGAAAACCAAAGUAAAAGGACACAAGUUUGGAAUCAACUUCCCUAAGAGCAAACACACAAAGUCAGGCUCAGCAUUGGAGACUGGAUCUGUGGAGCUGAAGCCCCCUGGUGUGAACAUCCAGCCACCGUCAGUGGAGUUUAGUUUGUCUGGAGAUAAAAACAUAGACAUGGAGAUGGGAGGAGUUAAGCUUAAUGCGCCUGAUGUGGAGUUUGCACUACCUUCCGGAAAAGCUGAGGCGUCUUUGCCCGCUGUGAAGGGAGAGGCUAAAAUCAAAGCUCCUAAGAUCAACAUCAAAGGAGGCUCUGAUGCAGAGGCUACAAGUGGUCAAAUGAAUGUAGACUCAGGCAAAGGAGAUGCAAAGCUAAGAAUGCCAAAGUUGAAACUGCCAAAAGUUAGACUCUCACGUCAUUCGGAUGAGAUAGAUGGUGAGAUUAAGGUGAAAGCCAAAGGUAUGAAUGUGCCUCAAACUGACAUUACACCUCCAAAAGUAGAACUCAAAGGAGGUGGUAAGAUCAAUCUCCCUGAGGCAAAUAUUUCCAAAUCAAAGAUGGAAGUUGAUCUCUCGGGAAACGCUGCAUCUGUUGAAAUGCCUUCUCUUGAUAUUUCUUUACCACACGUGAAGGGAAAGUCUGACAUGGAGAUUUCGCUCCCAAAGUACGAAGGAGCUGGGAAGACAGCAAUCAAAAUGCCUGCCAUGGACAUCUCUGUGCCUGAAGUAGAUUUGGAAUUUGACACUGGAUGCAGAAUUCCUGAUGAGGUAGAGGGCACUUUCACAGGGCCCAAAAUCUCCAGGCCAAAGGUUGACAUCUCAUUACCAAAGAUGGGUCCAUCAAAUGUGAACAUUGAAAGUCCAGAAAGUGGAGGAAAAUUCGGUCUACCUUCUGUUGACAUCGCUCUCCCAAAGGUGGAAGCAGAGGGGGACGAUGCAGAUAUGCACUACUUUGUUGGUGGAGAUGGGAAGUUCAAAAUGCCUGAGUUUGACAUAUCUCUUCCAAAGAUUAAGUCACCAGAAGGAGAAGUACAUUUUAAAGGAGAAGGCUUUAAGUUACCCAAGGUAGACCUGAUACUUCCUGAAGGCAAAACUGGAACAACUGAUGUUGGAGGAGGAGGAACAUUUCAGUUACCAACGUUUGACAUCUCCAUCCCUAAAAUGAAGACAGGUGAGGUGGACAUCGAAGGCCCUGAAAUAAAAGGUGGGAAGAUCAAAAUGCCCACUGUUGAUAUCUCUGUUCCCAAGGGAAACGUAGAGGAGCAUUUGAACAUUGGGAUGAGUGAAUUCGAAGGUGGUAAAUUCAAUAUGCCCUCUGUAGACAUCUCUCUCCCAAAAGUGGAGGUACCUGAAGGAGACUUAAACCUAGAAUGCCCCAAACUUCCAAAUGUUGACUAUUCCCUCCCCACGGCAAACUUGGGGGGCAACAUGGAGUUAGAGAGCAGUGUUGGUAGUGGAGCCAAGUUCAAGCUGCCAACUUUUGACAAAACACUCCCAAAGAUGAAAAACAAGGAAGGAGAGGUUCAUAUUCAAGGACCUGAUAUUAAAGGAGGAGCAACGUUCAACACGCCUUCUUUAGAUGUGUCACUACCAAAGAUUAAGAUGCCUGAGGGAAAUAUUGGACUUGAGGGACACUCCGUUGAUAUCUCUCUUCCAAAGGGGAACGUUGAGGUUUCUCUCCCUACAAUUAAAUCAAAGAAAGGUGACAUCAAAAUCAAGGCAUCAGACAUCAAGGCUGGGGAAAUGAAGAUGCCAACUAUUGAGAUUUCAACCCCACCAGGAACAUUACAAGGCAAGUGCACUGCUGAGGGUGAAGGAAGAGGUGCUGAAUUCAGCUUGCCAUCUGCAGACAUCGCUCUUCCUGCAGUAAAAAUCCCUGAAAGAGAUGUGAAUUUACAAGGGCCAAAAGUCAAGGGUAGGACAUUUCAAAUGCCAAAAAUCAACUUCUCGUUUCCCAAAAGAAAAGCAAAGGGAGAUAUUGACAUUGAUGUUCACUCUGGAAAAGAUGGGAAUUUUGAAAAACCAUCCUAUAAUAUUGGACUACCUAAAGGAAAAGUCAAAGGCCCUAAGCUUAAGGGAGGAAAAAUCAACAUGCCAGACAUUGACUUGUCUCUCCCCAAAGGCAAGGCUGACCUCAGUAUUGAGGGUCCUGAGGUAAAAGGAGGAACACUCAAAACACCUACAUUUGAUGUUUCACUUCUGAAGAUGAAGCUGCCAGAGGGCAAUGUGGAAAGUCCCACGGUUGAUAUUUCACUCCCAAAAGGAAAAAUAGCGGGAGAUAUAGAUAUGCACGGACCUGAAAUCAAAGGUGACAUGUCCCUCCCUAAAAUGAAGUCUCCAGAGGUAGAUAUCAGCCUUGAAGGUCCUGAUGUUAGAGGAGGAAAGUUUAACUUGCCAACUGUUGACAUUUCACUCCCUAAAGGAAACCUUGAGGGUGACCUUGAAGUUGAGGGUCCUGAGGUAAAAGGGAGUAGAUUUAAAAUGCCAACAUUUGAUAUGUCUUUCCCAAAAAUGAAUUUCCCAGAGGGUGAUGUCAAACUUAAAGGCCCAGAUAUCAAAGGAGAGAAGAUUGCGAUGCCAGACAUUGAUAUUUCACUUCCCAAAGUAAAAGCAGGAGGAGAAAUGUCAGGACAUGCUGGAAAGGGAGGCAAGUUCCAUAUGCCCUCUUUUGAUAUCUCUCUUCCUAAAAUGAAAGCUAAGGGGCCAGAGGUCAACAUAGAAGGUCCUGAACUUACAGGAGGAAGGAUCGACAUUCCAGACAUUGACCUGUCGAUCCCAAAGGGAAAGACUGACGUUGAUCUCAAUAUUGAGGGUCCUGAUGGAAAAGGAGGAAAAUUCAAAAUGCCCAGAUUUGACGUUUCACUUCCAAAGAUGAACCUGCCAGAGGGCAAUCUGGAAAUGCCAAAGGUUGAUAUCUCACUCCCAAAAGGAAAGGUAAAGGGAGAUGUUGACAUAGAGGGACAUGUGGGUAAAGGAGGCACGUUCCAUAUGCCCUCUUUUGAUAUCUCUCUUCCUAAAAUGAAAGCUAAGGGAGUUGAUGUUGAUAUUGAAGGACCUGACUUUAAAGGUGACGUUUCACUCCCCAAGGGAAGAGUUGAGGGAGACAUCGAUGUGGAGGGUCCUGAGGUGAAGGGUGGUACAUUUAAAAUGCCAACAUUUGAUGUCUCAAUGCCAACAGUUAGUCUCCCAAAGGGUGAUGUCAAGCUUAAAGGUCCAGACAUGAAGGGAGGGAAGAUCGAGAUGCCAGACAUUGAUAUUUCACUGCCUAAAGGAAAGGCAGGAGGACACAUUGAAAUCGAAGGACAUGGUGCAAAAGGAGGCAAGUUCCAUAUGCCCUCUGUUGAUAUCUCUCUUCCUAAAAUGAAAGCUAGGGGACCAGAGUUAAAUAUUGAAGGCCCUGAAGUUAAAGGUGGAAAGCUAAACAUGCCUUCACUUGAUGUUUCUCUACCCAAAAUAAAAUCUCCCAAUGUAGACAUCAGCCUUGAGGGUCCUGAUGUUGAAGGAGAAAAGGUCAACAUCCCAACUGUUGACAUUUCACCUCCCAGAGGAAAGGUUGAGGGAGAGAUAAAUGUUGAAGGCCCUCAGUUGAAAGGAGGGAAAUUCAAAAUGCCAAAAUGUGAUGUUUCUCUGCCAAAAGUUAGUCUACCAAAUGUUGAUGCCAAUGCAGAAGGAACCGAUUUGAAAGGAAAAAUGUAUAUGCCAACUGUUGACCUUUCACUUCCAAAAGGAAAAGCAGAAGUGGAUAUAGACAUUGAUGGGCAUGGUGGUAAAGGAGGCCAGUUUCACAUGCCCUCACUCAAUAUCUCUCUUCCUAAAAUCAAAGCAAAGGGACCUGAUCUUAAUAUCAAAGGACCUGAAAUCAAAGGUGACAUGUCCCUCCCUAAAAUGAAGUCUCCAGAGGUAGAUAUCAGCCUUGAAGGUCCUGAUGUUAAAGGAUCAACGUUUAACUUGCCAACUGUUGACAUUUCACUCCCUAAAGGAAACCUUGAGGGUGACCUUGAAGUUGAGGGUCCUGAGGUAAAAGGGAGUAGAUUUAAAAUGCCAACAUUUGAUAUGUCUUUCCCAAAAAUGAAUUUCCCAGAGGGUGAUGUCAAACUUAAAGGCCCAGAUAUCAAAGGAGAGAAGAUUGCGAUGCCAGACAUUGAUAUUUCACUUCCCAAAGUAAAAGCAGGAGGAGAAAUGUCAGGACAUGCUGGAAAGGGAGGCAAGUUCCAUAUGCCCUCUUUUGAUAUCUCUCUUCCUAAAAUGAAAGCUAAGGGGCCAGAGGUCAACAUAGAAGGUCCUGAACUUACAGGAGGAAGGAUCGACAUGCCAGACAUUGACCUGUCGAUCCCAAAGGGAAAGACUGACGUUGAUCUCAAUAUUGAGGGUCCUGAUGGAAAAGGAGGAAAAUUCAAAAUGCCCAAAUUUGACGUUUCACUUCCAAAGAUGAACCUGCCAGAGGGCAAUCUGGAAAUGCCAAAGGUUGAUAUCUCACUCCCAAAAGGAAAGGUAAAGGGAGAUGUUGACAUAGAGGGACAUGUGGGUAAAGGAGGCACGUUCCAUAUGCCCUCUUUUGAUAUCUCUCUUCCUAAAAUGAAAGCUAGGGGACCAGAGUUAAAUAUUGAAGGCCCUGAAGUUAAAGGUGGAAAGCUAAACAUGCCUUCACUUGAUGUUUCUCUACCCAAAAUAAAAUCUCCCAAUGUAGACAUCAGCCUUGAGGGUCCUGAUGUUGAAGGAGAAAAGGUCAACAUCCCAACUGUUGACAUUUCACCUCCCAGAGGAAAGGUUGAGGGAGAGAUAAAUGUUGAAGGCCCUCAGUUGAAAGGAGGGAAAUUCAAAAUGCCAAAAUGUGAUGUUUCUCUGCCAAAAGCGAGUCUCCCAAAGGUCAACGCCAAUGUCGAAGGACCAAAUAUGAAAGGAAAAAUUGAAACACCAACUGUUGACAUUUCAAUACCCAAAGCAAACCUUAAUGUCGAGGGAUCAAAGGUUUUGGGAGGUACAUUUAAAAUGCCCAAAUUUGAUAUGUCUUUACCAAAAGCAAAUCUGCCAGAGGGUGAUGUCAAACUCAAAGGCCCGGAAAUCAAGGGAGGGAGGAUUGAGAUGCCCAACAUUGAUAUUUCACUGCCCAAAGUAAAAGCAAGAGGUGAAAUGGAAAUUGAAGGACAUGCUGGAAAAGGAGGCAAGUUCCAUAUGCCCUCUGUUGAUUUCUCUCUUCCGAAAAUGAAAGCUAAGGGGCCAGAGAUUCAUAUUGAAGGCCCUGAAUUUAAGGAAGGAAAUAUCAACAUGCCAGACAUUGACCUGUCAGUUCCCAAAGGAAAGGCUGGCAUCAGUAUUGAGGGUCCUGAGGUAAAAGGAGGAAUAUUCAAAACGCCUAAAUUUGACAUGUCACUUCCAAAGAUGAACCUGCCAGAAGGCAAUGUCAAAGUUGAAGGACCGAAGAUUAAGGGAGGAGAGAUCUCAACACCAGAUGUUGAUAUUUCAGUUCCUGUUGGAAAAUUAGAGGGAGAUAUCAGCUUUGAAGGACCGUCUGGAAAGGGAAAGUAUGAAUUGCCAAAGGUGGACUUAUCUGGUGUUGGGCUCCAUAUGCCAACUCUUGACAUAAAUCUCCCCAAAUGUGAUCUUGACCUUAGCCUUCCCUCUGGUCAUAAAGACAAAAGCCUCAAAUUGGACACCUCUGGGCCCGAAGCAUCAGGAGAUUUAAAGAUGUCUGGUCUCAUAGGAGAAAUCAAUCCAGCCAAGGUAAAAGUAAAGUGUGCAGACAUUGCAACAGGUGGUGUAGAAGCUCCAGGUGCAUCCCUCAAACCUCCUACUAUCAGCGGUGUCCUUAAAGCCGAGGGAGGCAGGCCUUCUUCAGGGGGCAGCUUUGAUCUGCCUGAUGUUUCCCUCAAAUUCCCAAGUUUCUCUCUACCAAGGUUUGGUGGAAAGUCUAAGAGUGGUGAUUUUGCAAUGUCUGUCCCCAAAGGAGACAUUUCCCUCAGCUCACCGCAUGUGGAAGGAGAGAUAAGGGCACCAUCAGUAGAGUUUGAUGGGGACAGAAAAGUCAAGGUGAAAAAAACGAAAAUUAAAAUGCCUUCAUUUGGUGUAUCCAAAAAGCAUGCAGAUGUAUCCGUGUCUUGUCCUGAUGUGGAUGUUAAAGUUAAAAAGGGAAAAUUCCCCAAGUUUAAAAUAUCACCAAAAAGUCAGCUCCCAGAGGGAGGGGUUAAUGCUGAGCUGGGGGCAGAUGUUGAAGGGAAAGGUGGGUUCCAUGCCCCUGAUGUCACUCUCAAACUACCAAAGUUCUCAAUGCCAGGAUUUGGCUCUAAAGAGAAGGAUUUAGGUAAGCAAAGCGGUAACUUUGAGUCUAAAGCCAAGGUUAAGAUGCCCUCUGUUGAGUUGUCACUACCAGCAGCUAAUACACCAGAGACUGAGGUUCUGUUACCUAAAGCAGAGGUGGAUGUCUCAGAGGCUGAUAUCAGAGGUUAUGAGGUAAGCCUCAACAUUCCAGAAAUGCCAACAAUUGACAUUUCCAUCCCCAAAGUAGACCUGGAUGUGUCCCUGCCUAGAGUAGAGCAUGAUGCAAAGACUGAGGGAAAAGGAGGCAAAUUCAAGUUGCCUGGAAUCAAGAUGCCUGACAUUGAUCUGUCCCUUCCUAGAGGGAAAACUGGGGACCUAAAAAUGCCAGAUGUUGACAUCUCUCUGCCCAAGGGAAAGAUUGAAGGUCCCGAUUUUAAAAUGGAAGGAGGUACAGGUGGAAGAUUCAAAAUGCCUCACAUGAAAAUGCCUAACAUCGACAUCUCUCUGCCUAAAGGAAAGAUUGAGGGUCCAGAUGUUGAAAUGGAAGGAAGUCAAGGAGGAAAGUUCAAAAUGCCUCAGAUGAAAAUGCCAGAUGUUGACAUCUCUCUUCCUAAAGGAAGGAUUGAAGGUCCAGAUGUUGAAAUGGAUGGAGGUACAGGAGGAAAGUUCAAAAUGCCUCAGAUGAAAAUGCCAGAUGUUGACAUCUCUCUGCCCAAGGGAAGGGUUGAGGGUCCAGAGAUGGCUAUCAAGGGAGAUGGUGGUAAAUUCAAGAUGCCACAUCUCAGUAUGCCCUCUGUUGAUGUUUCACUUCCUAAAGGAAAGAUCGGUGAUCCAGAUAUUGAAAUAGAAGGAGGAACCGGAGGAAAGUUCAAAAUGCCUCACAUGAAAAUGCCAGAUGUUGACAUCUCUCUGCCCAAGGGAAGGAUUGAAGGUCCAGACGUUGAAAUGGAGGGAAGUACAGGUGGAAGAUUCAAAAUGCCUCACAUGAAAAUGCCCAACAUUGGCAUCUCUCUGCCUAAAGGAAAGAUUGAGGGUCCAGAUGUUGGAAUGGAGGGAAGUCAAGGAGGAAAGUUCAAAAUGCCUGAUGUGAAAAUACCAGAUGUUGACAUCUCUCUGCCCAAGGGAAAGAUUGAGGGUCCAGAUGUUGGAAUGGAGGGAAGUCAAGGAGGAAAGUUCAAAAUGCCUCACAUGAAAAUGCCAGAUGUUGACAUCUCUCUGCCCAAGGGAAAGAUUGAAGGUCCAGAUAUUGGAAUGGAAGGAGGUACAGGUGGAAAAUUCAAAAUGCCUCACAUGAAAAUGCCCAACAUCGACAUCUCUCUGCCUAAAGGAAAGAUUGAGGGUCCAGAUGUUGAAAUGGAUGGAGGUACAGGAGGAAAGUUCAAAAUGCCUCACAUGAAAAUGCCAGAUGUUGACAUCUCUCUGCCUAAAGGAAAGAUUGAAGGUCCAGAUUUUGGAAUGGAAGGAGGAACCGGAGGAAAAUUCAAAAUGCCGCACAUGAGAAUGCCCAUCAUCGACAUCUCUCUGCCCAAAGGAAAGAUUGAAGGUCCAGACAUUGAAAUGGAGGGAGGUUCUGGAGGAGCAUUCAAAAUGCCUCACAUGCAAAUGCCCAACAUCGACAUCUCCCUGCCCAAAGGAAGGAUUGAGGGUUCAGAGAUGGAAAUCGAAGGCGAGGAUGGAAAGUUUAAAAUGCCUCAUCUCAACAUGCCUUCAGUUGACAUUUCACUUCCCAAAGGAAAGAUAGAAGGUCCCGAUUUUAAAAUGGAAGGAGGAACCGGAGGAAAGUUCAAAAUGCCUCACAUGAAAAUGCCAGAUGUUGACAUCUCUCUGCCCAAGGGAAGGAUUGAAGGUCCAGACGUUGAAAUGGAGGGAAGUACAGGUGGAAGAUUCAAAAUGCCUCACAUGAAAAUGCCCAACAUUGGCAUCUCUCUGCCCAAGGGAAAGAUUGAGGGUCCAGAUGUUGGAAUGGAGGGAAGUCAAGGAGGAAAGUUCAAAAUGCCUCACAUGAAAAUGCCAGAUGUUGACAUCUCUCUGCCCAAGGGAAAGAUUGAAGGUCCAGAUAUUGGAAUGGAAGGAGGUACAGGUGGAAAAUUCAAAAUGCCUCACAUGAAAAUGCCCAACAUCGACAUCUCUCUGCCUAAAGGAAAGAUCGAGAGUCCAGAUGUUGAAAUGGAUGGAGGUACAGGAGGAAAGUUCAAAAUGCCUCACAUGAAAAUGCCAGAUGUUGACAUCUCUCUGCCUAAAGGAAAGAUUGAAGGUCCAGAUUUUGGAAUGGAAGGAGGAACCGGAGGAAAAUUCAAAAUGCCGCACAUGAGAAUGCCCAUCAUCGACAUCUCUCUGCCCAAAGGAAAGAUUGAAGGUCCAGACAUUGAAAUGGAGGGAGGUUCUGGAGGAGCAUUCAAAAUGCCUCACAUGCAAAUGCCCAACAUUGACAUCUCCCUGCCCAAAGGAAGGAUUGAGGGUUCAGAGAUGGAAAUCAAAGGCGAGGAUGGAGAGUUUAAAAUGCCUCAUCUCAACAUGCCUUCAGUUGACAUUUCACUUCCCAAAGGAAAGAUAGAAGGUCCCGAUUUUAAAAUGGAAGGAGGAACCGGAGGAAAGUUCAAAAUGCCUCACAUGAAAAUGCCAGAUGUUGACAUCUCUCUGCCCAAGGGAAGGAUUGAAGGUCCAGACGUUGAAAUGGAGGGAAGUACAGGUGGAAGAUUCAAAAUGCCUCACAUGAAAAUGCCCAACAUUGGCAUCUCUCUGCCUAAAGGAAAGAUUGAGGGUCCAGAUGUUGGAAUGGAGGGAAGUAAAGGAGGAAAGUUCAAAAUGCCUGAUGUGAAAAUGCCAGAUGUUGACAUCUCUCUGCCUAAAGGAAAGAUUGAAGGUCCAGAUAUUGGAAUGGAAGGAGGUACAGGUGGAAAAUUCAAAAUGCCUCACAUGAAAAUGCCCAACAUGGACAUCUCUCUGCCUAAAGGAAAGAUCGAGGGUCCAGAUGUUAAAAUGGAAGGAGGAAACGGAGGAAAGUUCAAAAUGCCUCAGAUGAAAAUGCCAGAUGUUGACAUCUCUCUGCCCAAGGGAAGGAUUGAAGGUCCAGGCGUUGAAAUGGAGGGAAGUACAGGUGGAAGAUUCAAAAUGCCUCACAUGAAAAUGCCCAACAUUGGCAUCUCUCUGCCUAAAGGAAAGAUUGAGGGUCCAGAUGUUGGAAUGGAGGGAAGUAAAGGAGGAAAGUUCAAAAUGCCUGAUGUGAAAAUACCAGAUGUUGACAUCUCUCUUCCUAAAGGAAAGAUUGAAGGUCCAGAUAUUGGAAUGGAAGGAGGUACAGGUGGAACAUUCAAAAUGCCUCACAUGAAAAUGCCCAACAUCGACAUCUCUCUGCCUAAAGGAAAGAUCGAGGGUCCAGAUGUUGAAAUGGAUGGAGGUACAGGAGGAAAGUUCAAAAUGCCUCACAUGAAAAUGCCAGAUGUUGACAUCUCUCUGCCUAAAGGAAAGAUUGAAGGUCCAGAUUUUGGAAUGGAAGGAGGAACCGGAGGAAAAUUCAAAAUGCCGCACAUGAGAAUGCCCAUCAUCGACAUCUCUCUGCCCAAAGGAAAGAUUGAAGGUCCAGACAUUGAAAUGGAGGGAGGUUCUGGAGGAGCAUUCAAAAUGCCUCACAUGCAAAUGCCCAACAUCGACAUCUCCCUGCCCAAAGGAAGGAUUGAGGGUUCAGAGAUGGAAAUCGAAGGCGAGGAUGGAAAGUUUAAAAUGCCUCAUCUCAACAUGCCUUCAGUUGACAUUUCACUUCCCAAAGGAAAGAUAGAAGGUCCCGAUUUUAAAAUGGAAGGAGGAACCGGAGGAAAGUUCAAAAUGCCUCACAUGAAAAUGCCAGAUGUUGACAUCUCUCUGCCCAAGGGAAGGAUUGAAGGUCCAGACGUUGAAAUGGAGGGAAGUACAGGUGGAAGAUUCAAAAUGCCUCACAUGAAAAUGCCCAACAUUGGCAUCUCUCUGCCUAAAGGAAAGAUUGAGGGUCCAGAUGUUGGAAUGGAGGGAAGUCAAGGAGGAAAGUUCAAAAUGCCUCACAUGAAAAUGCCAGAUGUUGACAUCUCUCUUCCUAAAGGAAGGAUUGAAGGUCCAGAUAUUGGAAUGGAAGGAGGUACAGGUGGAAAAUUCAAAAUGCCUCACAUGAAAAUGCCCAACAUGGACAUCUCUCUGCCUAAAGGAAAGAUCGAGGGUCCAGAUGUUGAAAUGGAUGGAGGUACAGGAGGAAAGUUCAAAAUGCCUCAGAUGAAAAUGCCAGAUGUUGACAUCUCUCUGCCCAAGGGAAGGAUUGAAGGUCCAGACGUUGAAAUGGAGGGAAGUAAAGGUGGAAGAUUCAAAAUGCCUCACAUGAAAAUGCCCAACAUUGGCAUCUCUCUGCCUAAAGGAAAGAUUGAGGGUCCAGAUGUUGAAAUGGAGGGAAGUAAAGGAGGAAAGUUCAAAAUGCCUGAUGUGAAAAUACCAGAUGUUGACAUCUCUCUUCCUAAAGGAAGGAUUGAAGGUCCAGAUGUUGAAAUGGAUGGAGGUACAGGAGGAAUGUUCAAAAUGCCUCAGAUGAAAAUGCCAGAUGUUGACAUCUCUCUGCCCAAGGGAAGGGUUGAGGGUCCAGAGAUGGCUAUCAAGGGAGAUGGUGGUAAAUUCAAGAUGCCACAUCUCAGUAUGCCCUCUGUUGAUGUUUCACUUCCUAAAGGAAAGAUCGGUGAUCCGGAUAUUGAAAUAGAAGGAGGCACCGGAGGAAAAUUCAAAAUGCCUCACAUGAAAAUGCCCAACAUGGACAUCUCUCUGCCCAAAGGAAAGAUUGAGGGUCCAGAUGUUGAAAUGGAUGGAGGUACAGGAGGAAAGUUCAAAAUGCCUCAGAUGAAAAUGCCAGAUGUUGACAUCUCUCUGCCCAAGGGAAGGGUUGAUGCUUCGGGGAUGGAGAUCAAAGGUGAUGGUGGAAAAUACAAGAUGCCACAUCUCACCAUGCCUUCUAUUGGUAUUUCACAUCCCAAAGGAAAGAUCGAAAGUACAGAUUUCGAACUAGAGGGAGGUGCUGAGGGAAAGAUCAAAAUGCCUAGCUGGAAAAUGCCAGAUUUUGCCAUUUCUCUGCCAAAAAAAAAAUGUGAAGGCCCUAAAGUUGAAAUAGAGGGAGGUGAAGGAGGAAAUGUCAAGAUGCAUGAUGUGGACCUAUCUAUCCCUAAAGGAAAACUGGAGGCUGAGGGAAGAACCAGCAAGCUGCCACAUAUCAAGAUGCCAAAAGUUGAUAUUUUACUUCCUAAAAGUAAAAGUAAAGGUAUUGAAACAUUGAAUCCAUCCUGUGAAGCAGAGAUCAAUUUACCAGCUGUUGAAUUAGGAGGGGAAAUUGUGCCAAAAGUGUCAUCACCGGAGUUGGACCUCGAUGCAACACUGAGUAGACCUAAACAAGACACAGAAGCUCUUGGGGAAGCUGACUUGCAUGUUGAGGGGGAGCACAAAGGCCUCAAACUUAAGAUACCUACAAUAGACAUCAAAUGUCCAAAAGGCGACCUGGAGUUGGAUUUAGGACUUUAUAGAGGAGAGGGCAAGAAGGACAGGAAAAAGAUGGAACUACCUGAUUUAGAUAUCAGCACAGCAGGAAUCAGCAGCAAAGUAAAGGGCCCUAAAGUCAAAGGAACAAAAUUCCACAUUGGGAUGCCAAAGAAGAAGACUGGUCGAGAUGUAAAAGCAGAAGCAAAAAUAUGCAAAAACUGCGGUGAUGAGGAUUUAGGUGGUCAUAUCAAACACAAAUGCAAGAGAAAAGAAACAUUUAAGUACGAAGUUGAAAUUGAAACACAUAAUGGACAUAAAAACAACAAAGAUCGUGUUAACAUCCCAGUACCAGAGUGUACGUUACCAAGUGUUUGUCUGACAAACAAACAAGGCUCGGCUGACUUUGGAACAGCGGGAGAGGGUGGCUUCUCAUCAUCCAGAGCAGAAAUGAGAGUGCCCAGGAUUCCAGACAUAGAUUUUGACAUAGGUACAACACAGGAUGAAGAUGAGGACGGAACAGAAAAAGACAAGAAAGUCAAAAUCCCUAAGUUUGGGGUCCCAUUACCCUCCAUCUCCUCUCCUGAGGGAAGAAUGAAUAUCACUGGGCCAGAAAUACAGUAUGAGGGUCCUAAAAUGCCUAAAGUAAAGAAAGCUGUAUUUGUCUUGGUAAAUCCUCCUCAAACAGGUGAGCCCACUGCAUGCUCACACCUCCCAAAAGAGGAGACGACAGCUCAGGCUAAAACAGAAGGCUUUAACGUGAAGUUGCCAAAAAUCAUAAUGAAGCCAAACUUUGGGAAGUCCAAAGAAAAGUCAGCUGCUGUGUCGUUUUCUCCUAGCGAAUCAGGGUCCUUUGAUGUCAAUCUUAAGGGCGACGGUUCAAGAUCCAAUUUCAAUGGUGCAAAAGAUCCUCACAUAGGCUCCAAGGAUGAUAAAGGGACAUUCAGCGGCAAAAUCAAUCUUCCAAAGGUACAGUUAACAUCUCCAUAUGGCAAGAUGUCUGUAGAGGGGGAGGACUCUGGCAUGAAUAUGAAACUGGGAAAGGAUUUACCAACAGUACACAUGGAGGAAUACACUAAAGAACUUCAAGUAAAAUCAGACAAGAUGGCCUUCUCUGGUUUUAGUGCGGAGCUCCCAAAGGAUGUGGUGUCAUCUCAUGCCAGAACAGACAUGCUGGACAGGGACAGCUCAGAGUCCCCUGCUAGUUUCACCAUGGAGUUUAGCUCUGCAAAAGUCCAGGCAUGGAGCGAGGUCGAGAGCCAAAGCAAGGAACCUGAAGAAAGGGAGUCUUCCACCUGGUUCAAGGUCCCUAAGUUCAACCUGAAGCCACACUCCACAGGCUUCCUCCAGAUAACCCCAGAGGGUUCUCCUCAGGCCCAGCGGAAGGGGGAGGUGGCAGGUGAGGCUGAUGUCUCGGGGUCUUUCUGCCUUCACACCUCAGGGCUCGACUUUAGCAAGCAGGAAAUAUCUGAGGAGCACCAAGCCUCCUCCGCUGAGGAGGGAACUGUCACCAUGGUGACCAAGACCACCAGAGUCACCCGUCACAUGGUUUCCUCUGAGACACGAACAGGUGAAUCUUCAGCCACCACGACAACAACUCACAAGGUGUCAGACUUUAAAUACUGAGGCUGCUGUAAUCAUAUCUUAAAUGUCUUUCCAUCUUGUUGGGUUUCUUGGUGAGGUUGCAGUGUUCUUGUAGCCUAGGCUAAGCCUGCGACGUGGCAAACCUCGAUUAGGUAAAGGUCUUUCUUUUUUAUUUUAAUGGGUGAGAUAUGAAUGUGAUGAAAAAACAGUUGCAUUUCAUCAAUCGGCAUCAUUGUCAUUAUAAAACCAACAGAGUAAUAUGUGCUUCCUUUCUUCUCAUUUUAAAUGUAAUUUUUGUAACCGUAGUUCGAGUUUUGUUAGUUUAGUUUGUAUUAUUUAUCAGAUUUCGUUUGGUUUUAAAGUUUUCACUCUGAAUGUAAACAUGUCACACUGCUUGAUUAUUUAUUGUUGUUUGUUCACAAUGCGCUGGAAUGAGUCAUUUACUCUCAUCAGUAUCAUGGAUUUGACAAUUAUUUGAACUGCAACAGUACAGGCCAGAGUAAUAUUCAUGUAAAUACAACCAUAUCAUUGCUUUUAUGAAGCAGUAUUCCCUCGAUUAGAAAUGUAAUUAUUUUCAUAUUCACCGGUCAGGAGAAGAAGUUAUAUUGUUUGACCUAAUAAUAACCUGUUUUUUGUCUUGAAGGAAAAGUGUGAGCUUUUUGAGAUUAUAGGCUAAUCUCAUUUGCUGCCAUAGUUUUAUAUUUGACGCAUUUAGCUGAUGCUGUUACCCAGAGACAGUCACGGUGCGUGAGCAGGACACUCUGGACUCUUUUCUUGCUGUGGGGAUCAGACCUGUGACUUCUGGUUUAAGGUUCAUACAUUUACUGUAGGCCACCCUGCUGCUAAUCAAUUUUAUAUUCAUGUUUUUACUGUAGACUGCCAAAAAACACACUGCUGUAUAUUUUGUGAGUAGACUCUUGGCUUCAAGAUACACAUCCUGACUGAUGCUGAUGUUUUGCAACUCAUCUGUGAACUACUGUAUGUUGUGUUUCAGAACAUCAAUAGCAGGCUCAGAGGAAAUUUGGGGAUUAGGGUGCUGUUGGGUGCUUUAACAAAAUCACUGAGAUAAGGUCUACAUUUCAAACUGUAAAACUUUUUCUCUUGAAACUUAAAAAAAGGUCCUCAAAAACAAAAAAUGUUUUACUUUCAAGCUGCUACAAUGACACUUCAAUUAUUGUUCAAAAUAAAAGUUGAGGUUAAGCCUUUUGCCAUCUUUAAAAAACAUGUUUGUUGACUACACAUUUA